AUGCAACGAAGUCAGCUGAGGGACAUCUCAUCCUGGAUGACGCGCUUAUUCCCAGAGCCUGGAGACGGUAGUAGUCGAAUAAUCGACGGGUUCAAAAUGUUCGGCUCGAAAAACAACUCGCCCACCAGCACAUUUUACACUGAUUUGGAAAUCACGGAAGAUAAGCAGGAAUUUCAACAGAAGAAUGAACAUUCCAAAGCGACACAUUUGCCGGAGCAACAGAGUACGACCAGCGAAAAUGGAAACUCGCAAGAUUCAGACACGGCAACAAGUGUCGAGGAGCAACGAUACGUCAGACAUUCCUUCCAUAGGAUCGCCAGUUUCGGCGGCUUCCCGCGAUUUCAAUCGUUCGUUAUGUCCGCUUCCACGCCCGCUGAAUGCAUCGAUAUCACGAGGCAUGAGGAAACUUCAACAGAAACGUCCUAUAUGUCACAUAGUGUCCUAGAAUAUAGAAGUAGCAGGUAUGUAGCUUCGGAGAGGAGGUCUCAUCAGUAUACAUUAGGUACCUACGCGGUAAGCGAAUCCGAGAGCGAGGAAGAAUCAGAGGAAGCAAGGUCUUCGGAAACGGACUCUGCCAUCGUGGCCGAUCAUACGGAGGAAUCGAUAUCAGAGCCUAAACUGCUCGCGAAGAAAAGUUCCCCUGAUUCGAAGCGGAAAAAGGCGUUGCGUGUGGCGCAAGAGUUACUAGCGACUGAAAAAAAUUAUGUCAACAUUUUACAUCUGAUCGAUCAAGUAUUCCAAUUCAGAGUCGAUCAAGAAAACAGAGCACAUCCUAUGUUCCCUCCAGAGACUGUCCAGCACAUGUUCUCAAAUAUUAAAUCUAUUUAUAAAUUUCACAACGAUUUUCUCUUACCACAAUUUGAGGAAAGAAUGCAAUGUUGGGAUUCAAAUCCAAGAAUCGGUGAUAUAAUGAAGAAUUUUGCACCCUUUCUCAAAAUGUAUACAGAAUACGUAAAAAAUUUUGAUUACGCCAUGAAUUUGAUAAACGGACUGCAAAAUAAAGUUCCCAGGUUUGCAGCAAUUGUCAAUGAAAUUCAAAAGCUCGACGAAUGCGCUAAAUUAUCGUUAGCACAUCACAUGUUGAGUCCGAUACAAAGGCUGCCGCGAUACGAACUGCUUCUUAAAGAUUAUUUACGAAAUCUAACUGAGGAUAAUCCGGAUUAUGAAGACACAAAAAAAGCUCUGGAAUUAGUAUCUACCGCUGCGAAUCAUACGAACGAGGCAAUGAAAAAAAUCGAUAAAUUUAAAAAACUUUUGGAAAUUCAAGAAAGUAUAUAUGAUGCAACUGAUCUAGUCAGUGCGACUCGUGAAUUAAUAAAAGAGGGACGUAUAGUGAAAAUUUCAGCACGUAGCGGUGAUCAUCAAGAGAGGCAUUUGUUUUUGUUUAGUGAUUUAUUAUUAUUGUGCUCAAUAAGACUGAUACCCGGUCCUAUGUAUCGAUUAAGAGCUAAAUUUAUGGUGGAAAAUUUACAAGUAGUUGAAGGAGACAAUCUAGAAACCGCAAAUACUUUUUAUAUACGAGACGAAAAUAAAAGCGUCGAGUUAUAUACACACGCUGCCACGGAGAAAGCAGCAUGGUUGGAUGCACUGUUCCAAACGAUGCAAGAGAUCAUCAGACGCAAGGCCAGUCUCAAAACUGGUAACGUUAAGACUUCUUUGGUUAAAGCUGAUGAUAUAACCAAGUGCAUGGUUUGCCAAGUUAUUUUUUCUGUGAUGAAACGAAAGCACAAUUGCCGGGCCUGUGGAAUAGUAGUUUGUAGUAAAUGCUCAAGUCAGAAAUUAUUAUUUGAAGACAAUAAGAAUAUGAGAGUGUGCAGAUUAUGUCAUUCCGCGCUCACUCAACCGCUCACUAAAUCACCGUCGUCACCGUCUGGACCAGUGCCAAGUUUGUUACAGGUAUCAGCGAGUGCGUCAUCAGUAUUAUCUGGAUACCUAUUACUGAAGACUCAGGCCAGUAAGCCUUGGACAAAACGAUGGUUCGCAUUGCACUUUGAUUUUGUUCUAUAUUCAUUUAAAUCAGAGUCUGAGAGUAUGGCAAUGACAGCGACGCCUAUGCCAGGCUUUAUGGUUACGGAAGGUACAAAACUACCCGAUGAAGAUCCCUUGAACACAAAAGAUCGAAUAAGAGCAUUUAAGAUGCAUCAUUCGAGAAAAUAUUACUAUCUCCAAGCAUUUUCUCAGGAGGAUAAAGAAAAAUGGAUGCACGCGUUGGAGUUGGCUACAAAGGCUGAACUACCUCAUUUUACGCAGGUGGAAAACGAAAACGCACAAGAAAGUCAAUCGAUAAACGAUGUACAAUGAAUAUUCGUACCUUUUUAUCUACCAAACUAGCCAAUUUUUUACUAUUGUAUUCAUAAACGAGAAAAUGAUAUAGCAAUGUAAAAUAAUCGUUAGUAGUUAAUUAGCUAUAUUUAAAAUGACGUUAACUUAUGUUUUAUAUAUAUAUUGUUAUUAGAGUGUAUACAUUACAAAAGAGAAAUCGAGUCAAUAGCGGCCGCAGCCAAAACGCUUGUUGUUUUAUAUAAUGUUCUGUUAUAGUAUAUUUAUAAAUAUAUAUAUAUGUGUGUCGUUUCUAUCACGAUACGCUGUGCUGACUGUAAUUUGCAAUGGAAAUCGAUACGUCACAAUGCUUGAAAAGUUAAUUACGCGCUUCAGUGAUAGUAUCUAAGCUACGAGAUCGUUUUUACUGAAAUCGAUUUUACUAAAUGCGCAAUGAAUUCUAUAAUUUAAUCAAUAAAUUUAUUCCGUCAAUUAAA